AUGACGCAAGACAGAAAACCACGCCAAAACGGAAACAAAUGUGCUGAAUGUGGCCGAGAUUUAUCAAAAGGAAAGAAACGGAGAUAUUUUUUGAUGGCCGUUCUUUUGAUUAUUUUUGGCAUUGUUUUGAAGAAGAUCUACGAACGAAAGUUUCCAAAAACAAUCGCUAUCGGACUAAUGGAUGACUUUCUAAAACUAAGUGCGAUUUCUAACUUGAAUUUAAGCAAGAGUACCAAGGCCAAAUUAUUAUACUUAGCUGAGAUAGCAGCCAGUUCAGAACAACGAGUUGAUGAGGAACUUCCAGGCAUGAUUGCAGCCAAAAACGGCCAAAAGAGAAAACAUCCCGUCACUAUUAUUCCUGGGAUUGCCAAUAGCAACUUAGAACUUUGGAAGACAAGUAAAGAGAGUAACUCCUUUUUCAGGAAGAAGAUCUGGGGUUCACACUCGACUUUAACCUUUAUGUUACACAAUCGGUCCGAAUGGUUCAACAGCAUGCGUUUAGAUGAAGAGACUGGAAUGGAUCCGGAUGGAAUUAAAGUGCGAGCUACACCAGGGCUGGAAUCUUCUGAUUUUUCGAUUCCCGGCCUCUGGUUUUGGUGGAAGAUAGUGGAAAACUUAUCGCAUAUAGAGUAUGACGUCUCGGCUGUUCAUUUUGCUGCCUUUGACUGGCGAUUGGGAAUGGAUGAGCUAGAAGAGAGAGAUAGUUACUUUACGCGAUUAAAGGUAGAUAUUGAGCACCAAUUUAUAAUCAGUAAGGAGAAGAGUUUAAUUGUAGCGCAUAGUUUAGGGUCCUUAGUCUUCCACUAUUUCAUGCAGUGGGUAACGGAAAAGGAUAAGACUUGGGUAGAUCGGUAUAUUCAUGCUAUUGCCUAUAUUGGCCCACCCUUACUAGGUGCUCCUAAGGCCGCUUGUUGUCUUCUGACUGGCGAUGCUUUAGAUACAGCUGAGAUGGGUGUUGUGCAGUAUAGUAUUGCUGAGCUAUUAUUUGGCCGGGCGCAGCGUAAAGAACUAUUUAAGACUUGGGGAUCCGCUCUAAGUUUACUUCCAAAAGGAGGCGAAGAGUUCUGGGAAGGCGACCAGCCAGUUGAUGGUUCUUCGCAAUCUACUAUUAUUUCAACUAUUGAACAAGAUCCAGCCCAUAAGGAAAAACUACCUCUUCCCCAAGCUUUUGAACUGAUCAAAGAAACUCUUGGCACACACAAUCAGAAAUACCUUGAGCGAAUUAUUAAUCCAACCUGCAGCCAAGAUACGUGGAUAAAUCCUCUUCUUUCACCUCUUCCCCACGCGCCUAAUUUACGGAUUUAUUCAUUGUACGGGAUAGGCAAGCCAACUGAACGAGCUUAUAUCCUGGAAAAGACCCAGUCCGCUCCUCUUCUUCUUCAUCGAACCCAGUCCUGUGAGAAACAAAGAAUCUAUCGCGGAAUCUGCACUGUUGAUGGUGAUGGCACUGUUCCUCUGCUUUCAGCCGGGUACAUGGGCUAUGCCGGCUGGAAGUCCAAUAAGCUCAAUCCUUCCCGGAUCAAAACCAUCAACAAGGAGUAUACCCAUACUCCAGCCACAGCUAUUCUAGAAGUCCGAGGUGGUCCCAAAACAGCCCAGCACGUCAAUAUUCUAGGCAAUCACGAGCUUAUCUCCGAUCUGCUUCUCUUAGCCUCCGGAGGCACAAUUGAGGAAAGAAUAGUUUCUGACCUCCCAACUAUCACCAACCGACUAUCUGAAAGACAAGCCCAAAAGUAA